CCCGGGGGAGCACGCGCGCCGCGCCCGCGAUGAGCUCCGCGGCGUUCGCCCCGCCGCCGCGGGGCGCGGAGGCGGCGGGGGGGCUCGCCGCGGUCGCCGCCGAGGGCGCCGCCGCGGCGCUGGCGCUGACGAGCGCGGCGAGGAGCGCCGCUGGCUCCAGGGUGGUCUCCGCCGGCGCGCCGCCCGCUGGACCCGCGGGGAUGGAGCUGGCGAUGAAGCGCAGCCGGCAGCUGGCAGCGCAGUUGCCUCCUAUGGAGGGCAGCGUUGUGUACAAGCGGGGCUGGACUAUCGACGAGGCUCUCGAGCAGCACCAGUGCCUGAUGAGGCAGCAUGAGCUCCAGACCUCCAUCGGCGAGAACCACGCCGCGGUGAGGCGGGCUCAGGCGGAGUUCGCGCAGCUCUCCGCCAUGGAGUCGGCGGCCGAGCUCCGGAGGGCGCUGGCGGGGAUGACCUCCCUGUCCGACGAGGA